CCAUCUGGUUGCCUUUUCAGCACUGAAUGGUGAACUCAUUCUCAUUCCUUCACAUUCCAGAGGGCCAUGCUGGACCUGGUGUUCACAGUGGAUGACCCUGUCUCAUGGCACACCAAGAACCUGAAGAAGAAUUGGAGCCACUACUCUUUCCUCAAAAUUUUGGGGCCCAGGUUUAUCACAUCUGUCCAGAACAACUAUGGAGCCGGAGUUUACUACAACCCGUUGAUCAUGUGUGAUGGCAGGAUCAUCAAAUAUGGGGUUAUUAGCACAAGUAUUCUAAUCGAAGAUCUCCUCAACUGGAAUAACUUAUACAUUGCUGGACGCCUGCAAAAACCGGUGAAAAUUGUAGCGAUGAAUGAGAAUGUCACUCUUAGAUCAGCCCUGGAAAAGAAUCUGAAGAGCGCAGUGACCGCUGCUUUUCUCAUGCUCCCCGAGAGCUUCUCUGAGGAGGACCUCUUCAUGGAGAUUGCUGGACUCUCCUACUCAGGUGACUUUCGGAUGGUAGUCGGAGAGGAAAAGUCAAAAAUAUUUAAUAUUGUGAAGCCCAACGUGGCCCACUUCCGUGAGCUCUACGGCAGCAUACUGCAGGACAACCCCCAAGUGGUGUAUAAAACCCAGCAAGGCAGACUGGAGAUAGAUAAAAGCCCAGAAGGACAAUUCACUCAGCUAAUGACAUUGCCCAAAACCUUACAGCAACGAAUAAAUCACAUUAUGGACCCUCCUGGGAAAAACAGAGAUGUGGAAGAAACCUUACUCCAGCUUGCUCAUGACCCUGACUGCGGCCAUGUGGUCCGGCUAGGGCUUUCAGCAAUUGUGAGGCCUUCAAGUAUCAGACAGAGCACCAAAGGCAUUUUUACUGCUGGCAUGAAGAAGUCAGUGGUUUACAGCUCACUAAAGCUGCACAAAAUGUGGAAAGGAUGGAUGAGGAAAGCACCCUGAUUUUGCUUGUUUUUGUGUAUGUUAUAUAUAGUGAAUAAAGUUCGGUCCUUUUUGACAUAA